AUGAAGUAUUUUCUGUUAGUGUUGUUGGUUUGCAAAUUGUAUGCACCAACUGAGUCUUUGAGUUUAACGAAUAUCGGUAAAUCCGUGGUGGAUAUUACGAAAGGUGUGGCCGGAAAAAUUCCAGAUGUAAUUCCAUCGGCUGAAGAUGUCUUUCAAUCUACAAAAAAUCUUAUCGCUGGCUAUCCAUUCGAGAAAAUAUACGGUCUCAUCAAUUCAUUUUGCUCGGCUGCGCUUUCAACGUCCAGUGUAAAGCCACGCACAACACCAAAUAUCGCUAACAUGAGCUAUGUUCUUAAAGUCGGCGAUCAAAACAUUUCAGUGCCGUUGAAUCAACCGACAAAAUUGUGGUUACGGAAAGAAUUCAAUCCGAAUCUUCCGCUUGUCAUGGUCAUCACUGGAUGGACGACUAAUGCCAAUGACACCGAAAAUCCAGCAUUAGAUACUGUUGACACAGCUGAAUUUGUUGACACACUUUAUACAUGGUCGGCGUUCAAUACAGAAGAAAUUGGAAAUAUUAUUUCCGACUCAUUGCAGCACUUGAUCAGAACAUAUCCCAUUGAGAAAAUCCACCUCGUUGGCCAUAGCUUGGGCGCCCAUAUUGCUGGUUCGGCUGGUAGGAAUUUGUAUAAAAAAACGGGCAAAUUAGUGCCGAGGAUUACAGGCUUAGACCCAGCUAAUCCAUGUUUCAACUCUGGUGAGACUCUCACUGGUCUUGCUCGUGGCGAUGCUGAAUUUGUUUUGGCCAUUCAUUCAAAUUCCGGUGGCUUAGGAAAACGUGAUCCUCUUGGAGAUGCAGAUUUUUACCCGAACGGAGAUAACCCCUUGCCACCUGGUUGUUAUUCGAUGAGCUGUGCACAUCAACGUGCACCUGAGUUCUUUGCCGAGUCAGUUUAUCCAGGCAACGAAAAUAAUUUUUUGGGAGUAAAAUGUGAUUCAUUAUCUUCGUUGAAUUCAAAGUUCUGCCGUACUCAGAGCUAUCCCAUGGGGUAUGCUACACCGCACAAUUUGAAAGGCAUUUUCUUUUUGAAAACGAACGAAGAUAAACCGUACGGUUUAAAUGCCACAAAAAACGCUAAACCAGUUUGUAAUGGACCUGCACUUGGACAUGGGACAACUCAAGGAAACUUGAACUCGCACAAUUCUCAAAACUCACCGAACAAUUACAACUCACAAUAUUCGCAGAACUCGGGGAAUUCACCGAGCAAUCACAGAUCGCCGAACCACCAAAAUUCUGCACAACAUUCGCAGAGUCCAGAGAACACAUCAAAUAUUCGUGGAAUUCCCUCAAGACUAAUAAAUCAAGUGAAAAGGUUUCUUGAUGGCCCCUUGGAAGAGGGAAAAAAUCGAGAAUAA